UUUUCAUGAACAACAACAGCAGCAGCAGCUGAAUUGUUGAAUCGAUCCUAGUUUUGUUUGUGGUCAGCUGCGUUUUAUUUCUCGAAUACUCAACAAUGUCCAUGACUACAAGACGCAGCACGCGCCACCGUUUAUGUGAAGUAAAACUGGAGGAAGUGGACAACACGAAGGAGAAUACAACUCCCACAACACGGAAGGGUCGUCCCCGGAAGAAUGAAGACAUUGUUGAAGAAACCGAGAGUUCGCCACCCAAACGAUCCAAAAUUCGUUCGAAGAAGGAGCCAGAUGCUCUGGAUGUGGAGGAUGAGAUCAGCGUGAGUGCGGUUGGGAGUCUGCCCGAACGAGAACGUGAAACCGGCGAGUUAGCAAAAUAUAUUGAGGAAAUACUAGCAGAGAAUGGAUCCGGGAGUUUAUAUAUAAGUGGUCCUCCUGGAACAGGCAAAACGGCGACUCUUACGAAAAUAAUCAGUGAUCACAAAUUGGCCAGCAAGAUUCGUAUGGUUUACGUGAAUUGUACUGCAAUUAGUAGUGCGGGAGGCAUUUACAAGAAAAUUUGCGAGGAGCUGCAACUUAAGGUUGGAGGAACAACUGAGAAGAUGUAUCUCACUGCUAUCGAAGAGUAUCUGAAGAGGAAGCACAAGACAAUCAUGCUAGUUUUAGACGAAAUUGAUCAAUUGGCCAGUAGUAAACAGACUGUCCUGUACAAUAUUUUCGAGUGGCCCGCGAAGCGGGGCUCGAGACUCAUCCUGGUGGGAAUUGCAAAUGCGUUAGAUUUGACAGACCGCUUGUUGUCCAGACUGCAGUCCAGAUGUGAAUUGAAGCCUCAUCUGAUACAUUUUCUUCCAUACACAAAACAGCAGUUGGUGAACAUUUUAAAGUCCAAUUUAGCGGAAAAUGAAACCGGAGAUCUGUUUAAUGAUGCGGCCCUGCAACUGCUUGCUGCUAAGGUUGCUUCCACAUCGGGAGAUGCACGGCGUGCACUAUUCCUGGCAAGGAGGCUGGUAGAAUCGACUGAUAACGAAUACCGGCAGCAGAAAAAGAUAUCUUCAAAGGACCCUGUGCUGUCGGAUGAAGGGAAAACCGUGUCUCCACCGAAAUCUGUCCAGAUUCGACAGGUUGUCACUACCCUAAACCAGGUCUAUGGUUCAACCCAAAAUAUGGAGGACGACGAGGCGUUCCCGCUUCAGCAGAAGAUACUUGUUUGUGCACUACUUCUGCUGCUGAAGGCUGGGAAAAGUAAGGACAUCACAGUGGGUAGAUUGCACCAGGUUUACAAAACAGUAUGCGCAAAGCGUAAUCUUCUUUCCGUGGAUCAGACUGAGUUCAUAAAUAUUUGCUCGCUGGUAGAGACGCGUGGGAUUUUGCGGAUACAAGGAAAAAAGGAACCUCGUCUGAAUCGCGUACAGUUACAAUGGGAUGAAGAGGAAGUGCAUAAUAUUCUGAAUGAUAAGCAACUCAUCGCUAGCGUGCUCAGCGACACGUCGUGUGUGGGGAAAUGAUCGUGAGAAAACUAACUGCCAUAUGAAACUCAACUUUUUGAACUAGUAACAAAUUUUGGAAUAAACCAUUUUAUUUAAGGAAAAUCCCUCACGAGUCGAAUGCUACUCAUAAUAAAUGCCAAAAAUGACGACAUU